CACUUCGUUUGUAUACUUCCGGUAGGAGUAGCUAGCUGCAAUCUGUGCUGUAGCUAGCAGCUUGCUUAUUUAAAAUAAGGUGUUAAAGGUUAAAUGACAGUGUGAUAACUCUACUCUGUUCUCAGACAUGUCACACUGAGAAGCGACGCUGUUAAUUUAAACCAUUUAGCUAGCUACGAGCAGCGGCCAUGAUGGCGUCCAGCUACAACGCCAAAGACGAGGAUGGGCACAUCACCGUGUCCGGGGCUGGUGGAGGGACUCUGCGGAGCAAGAAGCCCGAAAACACCGCAUUCAAACAGCAGAGGCUACCGGCCUGGCAGCCCAUCCUCACGGCGGGCACCGUCCUCCCAGCUUUCUUCAUCAUCGGCCUCAUCUUCAUCCCCAUCGGCAUCGGCCUGUAUGUAACGUCCAACAACAUCAAGGAGUUUGAGAUUGAUUAUACAGGACUUGACAUGUCCAGCCCUUGCUUCAACUGCUCCCAAAGCUUCAGCUGGAACAGCUCGAGGCCUUGCACGUGCACAGUUCCCUUCUUCCUGGAGCAGCCUUAUGAAAGCAAUGUCUUCAUGUAUUACGGCCUCUCCAACUUCUACCAGAACCACCGUCGUUACGUCAAGUCCAGAGAUGACAGCCAGCUGAACGGAAACCUCAGAUCUCUCACGGACCCCAGCAAGGAGUGUGAUCCGUAUGCGUACCUGAACACCAAGCCGGUCGCUCCGUGUGGAGCCAUCGCCAACAGCAUGUUCAACGACACUUUGGAGCUGAUUUACCACGACCCAAACGGCACCAAGGUCCAGAUCCCUCUGACAGCAACAGGAAUCGCCUGGUGGACGGACAAACACGUGAAGUUCAGGAACCCCGGAGGCAGCAGCACCAACCUCACAGCUGUUUUUCAGGGAACAACCAAGCCGGUGAGCUGGCACCGGCCGGUGUACGAGCUGGAUCCGGAUCCAGAGAACAACGGCUUCAUCAACGAGGACUUCAUCGUCUGGAUGAGAACCGCUGCUUUGCCGACCUUCCGCAAACUCUACCGCAUCAUCCAGAAGAGGAAUAACAUGGUGCCAACUCUUCCCAGAGGGAACUACACCCUGGAUGUGGUUUACAAUUAUCCUGUGCGGAGCUUCGAGGGCCGGAAGCGGAUGAUCCUGAGCACCAUCUCCUGGAUGGGAGGCAAGAACCCGUUCCUGGGCAUCGCCUACAUCACCGUGGGCUCCGUCUGUUUCUUCCUGGGCAUCGUCCUGUUGGUCAUCCACCACAAAUAUGGCAACCGCAACAACAGCGCAGACAUCUCCAACUGAGUCGAGCCGCCGUCUGGCUCACCUUCGAUGUAGCGAUGGGACAUCUGACGGGUGGAGAGGCGUUUAAACGUCCCAGUGACGGCGUUUAAACGUCCCAGUGACGGCGUUUAAACGUCCCAGUGACGGAGUUUAAACGUCCCAGUGACGGAGUUUUAAAGGUCCCCAUGAGGGAGUUUAAAGGUCCCGAUGACGGAGUUUUAAAGCUCCCGAUGACGGAGUUUAAAUGUCCCGAUGACGGAGUUUUAAAGGUCCCGAUGACGGAGUUUUAAAGGUCCAGAUGACGGAGUUUUAAAGGUCCUGAUGACGGAGUUUUAAAGGUCCUGAUGACGGAGUUUUAAAGGUCCCGAUGACGGAGUUUUAAAGGUCCCUAUAACAGAGUUUAAAGGUCCCGAUGACGGAGUUUUAAAGCUCCCGAUGACGGAGUUUAAAGGUCCAGAUGACGGAGUUUUAAAGGUCCCGAUGACGGAGUUUUAAAGGUCCCGAUGACGGAGUUUUGAAGGUCCCGAUGACGGAGUUUUAAAGGUCCCGAUGACGGAGUUUUAAAGGUCCCGAUGACGGAGUUUAAAGGUCCCGAUGACGGAGUUUAAAGGUCCCGAUGACUGAGUUUUAAAGGUCCCCAUGAGGGAGUUUUAAAGGUCCCGAUGACGGAGUUUAAACGUCCCGAUGAUGGAGUUUUAAAGGUCCCGAUGACUGAGUUUUAAAGGUCCCGAUGACGGAGUUUUAAAGGUCUCUAUGACGGAGUUUCAAAGGUCCCCAUGAGGGAGUUGUAAAGGUCCCGAUGACGGAGUUUUAAAGGUCUCGAUGACGGACUUUCAAAGGUCCCCAUGAGGGAGUUUUAAAGCUCCCGAUGACGGAGUUUAAACGUCCCGAUGACGGAGUUUUAAAGGUCCCGAUGACGGAGUUUAAAGGUCCCGAUGACGGAGUUUCAAAGGUCCCCAUGAGGGAGUUUUAAAGGUCUCGAUGACGGAGUUUAAACGUCCCGAUGACGGAGUUUUAAAGGUCUCGAUGACGGAGUUUAAACGUCCCGAUGACGGAGUUUAAACGUCCCGAUGACGGAGUUUUAAAGGUCUCGAUGACGGAGUUUCAAAGGUCCCCAUGAGGGAGUUUUAAAGGUCUCGAUGACGGAGUUUAAACGUCCCGAUGACGGAGUUUUAAAGGUCCCGAUGACGGCGUUUUAAAGGUCCCCAUGAGGGAGUUUUAAAGUUCCCGAUGACGGAGUUUAAACGUCCCGAUGACGGAGUUUUAAAGGUCUCGAUGACGGAGUUUAAACGUCCCGAUGACUGAGUUUUAAAGGUCUCGAUGACGGAGUUUCAAAGGUCCCCAUGAGGGAGUUUUAAAGGUCUCGAUGACGGAGUUUAAACGUCCCGAUGACGGAGUUUUAAAGGUCCCGAUGACGGCGUUUUAAAGGUCCCCAUGAGGGAGUUUUAAAGUUCCCGAUGACGGAGUUUAAACGUCCCGAUGACGGAGUUUUAAAGGUCCCGAUGACGGCGUUUUAAAGGUCCCCAUGAGGGAGUUUUAAAGGUCCCGAUGACGGAGUUUUAAAGGUCUCGAUGACGGAGUUUCAAAGGUCCCCAUGAGGGAGUUUUAAAGGUCCCGAUGACGGAGUUUUAAAGGUCUCGAUGACGGAGUUUUAAAGGUCUCGAUGACGGAGUUUUAAAGGUCUCGAUGACGGAGUUUUAAAGGUCUCGAUGACGGACUUUCAAAGGUCCCCAUGAGGGAGUUUUAAAGGGCUCGAUGACAGAGUUUUAAAGGUCUCGAUGACGGAGUUUCUAAGGUCCCCAUGAGGGAGUUUUAAAGGUCCCGAUGACGGAGUUUUAAAGGUCUCGAUGACGGAGUUUUAAAGGUCCCGAUGACGGAGUUUUAAAGGUCUCGAUGACGGACUUUCAAAGGUCCCCAUGAGGGAGUUUCAAAGGUCCCCAUGAGGGAGUUUUAAAGGUCCCGAUGACGGAGUUUUAAAGGUCUCGAUGACGGAGUUUUAAAGGUCCCGAUGACGGAGUUUUAAAGGUCUCGAUGACGGAGUUUAAACGUCCCGAUGACGGAGUUUUAAAGGUCUCGAUGACGGAGUUUAAACGUCCCGAUGACGGAGUUUAAAGGUCCCCAUGACGGAGUUUUAAAGGUCCCGAUGACGGAGUUUUAAAGGUCCCGAUGACGGAGUUUAAAGGUCCCGAUGACGGAGUUUAAACGUCCCGAUGACGGAGUUUAAAGGUCCCGAUGACGGAGUUUUAAAGGUCCCGAUGACGGAGUUUUAAAGGUCCCGAUGACGGAGUUUAAAGGUCUCGAUGACGGAGUUUAAACGUCCCGAUGACGGAGUUUUAAAGGUCUCGAUGACGGAGUUUAAACGUCCCGAUGACGGAGUUUUAAAGGUCCCGAUGACGGAUUUUAAAGGUCCCGAUGACGGAGUUUAAAGGUCCCGAUGACGGAGUUUAAAGGUCCCGAUGAAGGAGUUUUAAAGGUCCCGAUGACGGAGUUUUAAAGGUCCCGAUGACGGAGUUUAAAGGUCCCGAUGACGGAGUUUAAAGGUCCCGAUGACGGAGUUUAAACGUCCCGAUGAUGGAGUUUAAACGACCCGAUGACGGAGUUUAGAGGUCCCGAUGACGGAGUUUAAAGGUCCCGAUGACGGAGUUUAAAGGUCCCGAUGACGGAGUUUAAACGUCCCGAUGAUGGAGUUUAAACGUCCCGAUGACGGAGUUUAAACGUCCCGAUGACGGAGUUUUAAAGGUCCCGAUGACGGAGUUUAAACGUCCCGAUGACGGAGUUUAAAGGUCUCGAUGACGGAGUUUAAACGUCCCGAUGACGGAGUUUUAAAGGUCUCGAUGACGGAGUUUAAACGUCCCGAUGACGGAGUUUAAAGGUCCCGAUGACGGAGUUUUAAAGGUCCCGAUGACGGAGUUUUAAAGGUCCCCAUGAGGGAGUUUUAAAGUUCCCCAUGACGGAGUUUAAACGUCCCGAUGACGGAGUUUUAAAGGUCCCGAUGACGGAGUUUAAAGGUCCCGAUGACGGAGUUUUAAAGGUCCCGAUGACAGAGUUUAAAAGGUCCCGAUGACGGAGUUUAAACGUCCCGAUGACGGAGUUUAAACGUCCCGAUGACGGAGUUUAAACGUCCAGAUGACGGAGUUUAAACGUCCCGAUGACGGAGUUUAAACGUCCCGAUGACGGAGUUUAAACAUCCCGAUGAGGUUGCUCAUUUGCCAAAGUUAGAAACUCUAGAUUGACCUGAUGAGUCCUUUUAUGGAAACCUGGGAAGCUGGUGUAUAGAAUGAAACGGGAAGAUUGAGGACCAAACGUUUGUUUAUUCAAUAAGAUUUUAUUCCUGCUGAGAUGUGAAGCAAAUCCAGAAUAAAAUCUGUGCGUUGUUUGCUGCAGCUCCUUCGUCUUCCUCACAUUGUUAUCGGGACUUUCUCCCACCAGAGCUCCUCGUGGCCAGAUGACAUGCUUAAUUUUAGUAUUUAUGAGGUUAUUUUCAGAGGUGUUCACACAUUGAGGUGAGCGACGUUUACAGCGACGCUGUUGUCCUGUCAUGGUGCAGCAUGAUGAAUGGUAACGUGACUUUACUACACGGAUUAAACUUCCUGUCAUGGAUGACAUUUACUCUGUUUUUCAGCUGAGUGUGAGCCCACGUUUCCUUUUCUGUGCUUGUUGUUGCUGCA